AUGCCAUCUAUCCAAUUCAAAUCCGCUGCUUCUGCCAAAGGAGGUGACGCUCAGAAGGAGGUCGCUAUCGUCGAGCCAACCAAUCCAUUCUUCGUUCCAGAAGAGGAUGAGGGAUAUAUUAUCCCGAAGCCUCAAUUUCGCAAGAACAGAUUCAACAUUCGGAUUCUAUGGAUUGAAAAAACGAAUUCUCAAUGGAAGUUCUCUGUCUUCGUGAUGUUGUUGCUCACCGCGUACUACUCUACUUGCUUUCUUGCCGAGUAUGAUACGAGCCAUCAUUUCGAUGGGCUCAAGAAGAUCCCAGCGUUCUCGGAGCCAGUUUUGACUCGCGUCAUAAUGGCUGAGUGGUUGGUGCUCGCUUUCAUCCUCAUUUUCGGAGUUCUCUUCUUCCGUCGCAUCGUUAUGCCACUCUACAUCUACCUCGCCGUUAUGGCUACCAACGGAACUCUGGCUUUGUUUGUCGUCAAAUGCAAGCAAUUCCAUUUGGGGAUCAUUCAACAUGAUGACAUCGCUUUCAAUUUGGUUGGAAUCCUCCUCUUCACCGCUCUCAUCCAUAACUUUGUCUACAUGUACGCACUCUAUCUUCAUCUCCGUCUCAACUGGCCAGGUCGCUACCGUGCUUCCACAAACCCAUCCGAUGUUUCUCCAGCUCAGGAGAAGAAAGAUCUCGGCGCUCUUCCAUGA